AUGGCAUUUUUAUGUAGUGGAGGAGGAGGUGGUGAUUUAGGCUUAAGUAGGACUCACCACACAAAAUACGCACAUUACUAAUCAGAUGGCCACGGAAGAGACACCUACAUUUUAAAAAAUAAUGGAGGCCUAUGCCAGGAACGCGAUCCUUACUUUAUUGAAAGCACACGAUAUCCCUCUCCAGUAAGAUUCAUGGGGCCGCCUGCUCAUAGAAAACAAAUAUGGUCUAUUAAGUAUCAAUCAGAUGGUAGUGGAAGAGACUCGUAUGUCUUAAUUGACAGUGGGGGUAACCAUGUUCCAGUUUAGCUCGGAGGUACUUAUAGAGGAUAUGAGAACUCGCUCAGAAGGGAAAGCUUCGUUAAAAGAGUUUUGCCUUAGCCUAAAUAAAUAUAAGAAAAAAGGGAUUUUCAUUAUUGGCAAAACUGGUUUAGGCCUGAACAGUAAAAUUAAAUGAGAAAGUCAAUGUAUAAGUCCAAAUAACUCUUUGAGAGACUAGCAACUCCUAAGAAAAUUGGAAGGGUAAGAUCCUCUACUCCAUCAACUAGAGCAUAAACCUAGAAUGAUCAUAAUUACUUGUCAGAGAGUUUCUAAAAUUUACCUUUAUAAAAGUAGAUUGACGUCAAUCAGAGUAUAAACUUGGACAAUAAAUAAAUGAAUGCACCAAUGCAAAUAUAAAACUUUGCAAGAAGAUUCAGCCAUUCUAUAAACAACACUACUAGAAAUAAAUCAGCAAUAAAUCUUAAUUAGAAUAGACAAUUGUUCUAAAAUAACACUAUGAAUUUAGCCAACGAGAAUAAUUAAAAUGACAAAAACAUCAGUCUGCUUCAUCUUAACAACGAUAAAAUAAACAAAAACAAUGAAUAUGCCCCUGAAGGAUAUAUGCAGCACAAAGUCUUUGGCACAAAAUCCUAUUCUCUAUUGUAAAAUCAAAAGAGAGGCCUCGUUCAUUAAAGUCAUGAUUUCACCAGGCCAAAGUCUAAUUUAAAUGUGGCGACUAUGGAUGUGAAAAUGAAAUAACAAGAUGAAUAUAAAAGAGCGAAAGAGGUGACUCAGAGUAUGAGUGUACUCGAUAACCUUAAAAACAUGAUGAGAUAAAGAAAAGCACUAGAUCACUUAACUAAAUCCCAAAAAUGA